ACGCUUUAUCGACCUCCAUUCUCCGCCUCCUUGACUCACACGGCGUCGUGCUCUGUCUUCACUCCAUGCUUGCAUUCUAGCCGUCGAGACAAAACAACUUCCACCGGGUUUCCGCAGUCCGACAACGUACACGCGAGAAUUAGAUUGGAAGAUUCCACUAGUUUUACGGUGUAAUGGGGAGUGAUCUUGCUUUAAAGACGUGGAUAUCUGAUGAGCUGAUGUCGCUGCUUGGAUAUUCUCAGCCCACUAUAGUCCAAUACAUCAUCGGAUUAUCUAAGCAAGCUACUUCCCCUGAUGAUUUGAGAACCAAGCUAGAGGAGGAAUGUGAUUUUCCUAAAUCAGGGGAUACCACCCUUAGAUUUGCUCAAGAAGUCUUCCAUAAAGUUCCCCGUAAAGAAUCUGGUUUAAAUCUAUAUCAGAAACAGGAAAGGGAAGCUGCUCUGUUGGUGAGGAAGCAGAAGAGUUACAUGAUUUUGGAUGCCGAUGAUGAUGGUGAUACCGUAAAUGUUGAUGAGUCCAGGAAAGUUGGUUCACAUAAGAAACGGUUUAGAAAGAAAACUGGAAUUGAAGAAGAUGACGGAGAUGAGGGGAUUGCGCAUGUGGAAGAAAAGAGACUGGUUAAAAGACGGACUUCCAAGGAUGAAGAUGAUGAUUCUGAUUCCGAGGAAGAGAGAUUGCGUGAUCAAAGAGAAAGGGAGCAAUUAGAGCAACAUAUAAGAGAACGUGAUGCUGCAGCAACAAGGAAGUUAACUGAGACAAAGUUAAGCCGAAAGGAGGAAGAAGAGGCAAUUCAAAGAUCAAAUGCUUUGGAGAAAAAUGAAAUGGAAUAUUUAAGGAAAAUUUCAAGGCGGGAAUAUCUAAAGAAAAGGGAGCAAAAGAAGCUGGAAGAAAUCAAAGAUGAUAUAGAAGAUGAGCAAUAUCUAUUUGAAAAUGUGAAGCUUACAGAUGCAGAAUAUCGUGAAAUAAGGUACAAGAAAGAAAUCUAUGAUCUUGUUAAGAAGCGGACAGAAGAGGUUGAAACUCUGAGUGAGUACCGGAUGCCGGAAGCUUAUGAUCAGGAUGGUAAUGUUGAUCAAGAAAAGCGAUUUGCUGUGAGUCUGCAGCGUUAUAGCCAGGAUAAUGCUGGGGAGAAAAUGAACCCUUUUGCGGAGCAAGAAGCUUGGGAGGAGCAUCAAAUGGGAAAGGCAGACAUGAAAUACGGUUCAAAAAACAAGAAGCAAAUAUCCGAUGACUAUCAAUAUGUGUUUGAGGACCAGAUUGACUUUGUCAAGGCAUCUGUGAUGGAUGGCGAUGAGUUUGAUGAGCAGCCCAAUGAAUUGCUUGACAAGCCCAAGGAGAAAUUAGCCUCGGAGAUGCUUCAGGAGGAGAGGAAAACCUUACCCAUCUAUCCAUAUCGGGAUCAGUUACUCCAAGCUGUUCAAGAAUAUCAGGUCAUUGUUAUAGUUGGAGAAACAGGUUCUGGGAAGACUACACAGAUACCCCAAUAUCUUCAUGAAGCUGGUUACACCAAGCAGGGAAAGGUUGGUUGUACACAGCCACGACGAGUUGCUGCUAUGAGUGUUGCUGCUCGCGUUUCUCAAGAAAUGGGAGUCAAACUUGGGCAUGAGGUUGGAUAUUCCAUUCGUUUUGAAGAUUGCACAUCAGAGAAGACUAUUCUGAAAUACAUGACGGAUGGAAUGCUGUUACGUGAGAUUCUCAGUGAACCAAACCUAGAAAGCUACAGUGUGUUGAUGGUGGACGAGGCUCAUGAAAGAACUCUGUCGACUGACAUUUUAUUUGGAUUACUAAAGGAUUUAAUUAAGUUUCGAUCGGAUCUCAAACUGCUUAUCUCUAGUGCAACGCUUGAUGCGGAGAAAUUCAGUGAUUAUUUUGGUUCUGCUCCAAUUUUCAAAAUUCCUGGGAGGCGGUAUCCUGUUGAAAUUCAUUAUACGAAAGCACCAGAAGCUGAUUAUAUAGAUGCUGCAAUUGUCACAGUGCUACAAGUCCAUGUAACACAGCCUUCUGGAGAUAUUUUAGUUUUUUUGACUGGUCAGGAAGAAAUCGAAACAAUGGAAGAAAUAUUGAAACAUAGGACAAGAGGCCUGGGGACGAAAAUAGCUGAACUGAUUAUCUGCCCUAUAUAUGCAAAUCUACCGACUGAGCUUCAAGCUAAAAUAUUUGAACCAACUCCUGCGGGGGCUCGGAAAGUUGUGCUUGCAACAAAUAUUGCAGAAACUUCAUUGACAAUAGAUGGAAUUAAGUAUGUUAUUGAUCCAGGUUUCGCCAAGGUGAAAUCUUAUAAUCCAAGGACUGGAAUGGAGUCUUUGCUAGUCAAUCCCAUCUCGAAAGCUUCAGCCAUGCAACGUGCUGGUCGGUCUGGACGAACAGGUCCAGGAAAAUGUUUUCGAUUGUAUACUCUUUACAAUUAUCACAAGGAUAUGGAUGAUAAUACAGUUCCAGAAAUACAACGGACUAACCUUGCAAAUGUUGUCCUAAUUCUUAAGAGUCUUGGAAUUGAUGACUUGGUAAACUUUGAUUUUAUAGACCCCCCACCAGAGGAAGCAUUGCUGAAAGCCUUGGAACUACUUUUUGCCCUUAGUGCAUUGAACAAGUUUGGUGAGUUGACUAAAGUUGGCAGGCGGAUGGCAGAGUUCCCUCUUGAUCCUAUGUUGUCUAAGAUGAUUGUUGCUUCUGAUAAGUACAAGUGUUCUGAUGAGAUCAUUACCGUUGCUGCUAUGCUUUCUGUUGGAAAUUCAAUCUUCUAUCGUCCGAAGGACAAACAAGUUCAUGCAGAUAAUGCAAGAAUGAACUUUCACUUAGGGAACGUUGGGGAUCAUAUUGCGUUGCUUAGGGUUUACAAUUCUUGGAGGGAAUGUAAUUACUCCACACAGUGGUGUUAUGAGAAUUAUAUUCAGGUGAGGAGUAUGAAACGUGCCAGAGAUAUCAGGGACCAGCUAGAGGGGCUUCUGGAGAGGGUUGAAAUUGAACUAACAUCCAAUCUGGGUGAUUUAGAUUCCAUAAAGAAGGCCAUUACAUCUGGUUUUUUCCCUCAUUCUGCAAAGCUGCAGAAAAAUGGAUCUUACUGGACGGUAAAACAUCCACAAAGAGUUCAUAUACAUCCCAGCUCAGGGUUGGCACAGGUGCUGCCUAGAUGGGUUGUGUACCAUGAAUUGGUUCUGACGACCAAAGAAUAUAUGAGACAGGUAACUGAACUAAAACCAGACUGGUUGGUUGAAAUAGCCCCCCAUUAUUACCAGAUGAAGGAUGUUGAAGAUCCGGCGUCCAAGAAGAUGCCACGGGGAGCAGGACGUGCAUCAUAACAACUGGUUGUAUAUUAGCAGGAAGAGAUGGACAACUCUAUAGAGACAUCAAUUUUUCUGUCAUGUAGCUUGAUGCUUAUUUUUUACCAACGAUUUCUGGUUGGGCCCUGAAGGAACAAAUCCAAAGAAAAAGCCGCCUUUUCAAAUUCCCCGCUUUAAUUCAAUGAGCAAGAGACGGUACAUGAAAACAUAAAAGAAGAAAAUAGCUAUUAGCCUGUGAGAUAUGUGCAUGAAACUUGUUACUGCCUUUAGGGAUGACCCAAUUUUUUUUUUCUCGAGAUGUCAAAGCGUACACUGUACAGAGUAGUAAAAGGGACAAUGUUGGAAGUAUUGUGUAUUUGAGGUACCAAAUUGUAAAUACAUUCGCAUUCGUUGAAAUCUUGAAUGGUCUCGCUUGAUGGGUAGAAAUUAAUUUUGUUGAUGGUUUCAUUCCACCAUCUAGAAAUAUAUACUUGAUUUCUUUGUACAAGAAUGUGCCAAUUUUUAGUUAUGCUAUUAGAUUUGAGGGUGUUUUGGUUCUUAUAUGCGA